AUGGAAGCAGACGGCCCCUUGGAGGAUGGAGGCACCAGUGUGGGAUCAUCGGACCAGCACGAGUAUGCAGAGAUGCCUUGGAGAACGUUGCUGGGACGAGUAGCCCCGGCUGAGAUGCCAAGCCUUGGACACAAGAUGGACACCACGCAGACCUUGGGGCGAGCUAUCCAGCAAGCCCUUCGCGCAAGCACAGCCGAGGACUCAGUGCACAUCCUCCACACCGGCCCGGCAGGGCACCAUGCGCUGAUCCAGGUGAUCUUCGAUCAUUCCAGAUACAACGGCCAAGACCUGCUGCAAGUCUUGUCCAGCCAUGCUGAGGCUUUGGAGGAGAUAUCGGAGAAUCGGGAAGGUAAUGAGCAAGACACCGGAAAGAUGAUGCAGCUGAACGAGCAUAUCACCUUGCGUCGGGUCGCGCCCCACCCGGACCCCACGGCCUGGAACCUCCCGGAUGUCGGACUCUCCGAGUCGCUCCACGCGCAGAUUUUCGAAAGUCCGGCGGCCGAAGUGCCCAUGAAGGAAGUCUACAGAGAGAUCGCCCGGCUCUUCAACAGCACGUUCGUGAUCUUCAUCGAUCUCAGCCACCUUUUUGCUGGGGAGCCUUGCAUGCUGCGCUACACUCUAUAUCCGGACCAGGACUUUGAUGUGCAGUGGGACGAGAUUCGGGCCUUAAAGAGGAAUGCUCAAGGGGCUGUCGUGCAACGCUGGCAUCUGCACCUCGACCGGCAAGAGCGGUGGGCGACAUGUUUACGGUCGGCGUCUUCCCUCCUGCCUCUCUACGGUGCUCAGAAGCCGGAGUCUGCAGAAAAGGAGAGCAUUACCGGAGUAGCUAUCACAAUAUCAGAGGUGCACUGCCGUUGGUUUUGGUCCCUGGUGCCUAGCAUACCGGCGGCCCCGAGCGACGACGGCUUCGGCUGCCGGCUUGCGAGCUUCAAGUCCAGGUUCGCUAUGGAACCGAGCUGCAAGAGAGUGGCCUGA